AAUUAAUUAAUAAACAUGGUAAAGAAGGAGAUUGAUUUGGACGAGAUUUUGUUAGAAGUGGGACAGUUUGGACGUUUCCAAAUUAAGAACUUUGUGUUAAUUUUGGUACCGAUUCUGUUCUGUGCUUUUUACAAUAGUCAGUACAUUUUCGCAGCCGCCAGUGUUCAGUAUCGAUGCCGAGUACCAGAAUGCGAAGCUACACCGCCAAAUUUCGAGACAAAUGGCUGGGGCAGUUGGGCGCUGCCAGAUUCGGGGGGUCGCUGCGAGCGUUAUGUGCCCAUUGGGUCUAUUUGUGAUCCGGGUUCCUUCCACCCCAAUAACACCGAGCAGUGCACCAGUUGGGUCUACAGUAACCACGACAGUAUUGUUUCAUCUUUUGAUCUAGCGUGCGAAGAAUGGAAGAGGACGCUGGUAGGCACCGUCCACGGCGCCGGUCUCUUUUUCGCGUUAGCAAUCACAGCAUACAUUUCUGACACAUAUGGUCGUCGUUUAGCGUUUGUCUUGACAGCUGUGGCUCCAGCAGCCGUCGGCCUGGGGCGUUCCUUCUCGGACACUUACAUUACGUACAUCAUUCUUGAAUUCGUCGAAGCGGUUGCUGCAGGUGGAGUGUACAGUUCGGGAUUUGUUCUCGCUCUCGAAAUGAUGGGUCUCAAUCGGAGGGUACUUGGAGGUAACCUGAUCUCUUGCACGUACGCUCUGGGACAAGCCCUGGUGGCGCUCAUAGCGUGGGCGAUACCCGAGUGGCGAACGUUCACUAGAGUCAUAUACGUACCAUCUGUCUUAUUCGUAAUCUACUACUUCUUACUGGAAGAGAGUGUGCGAUGGCUUUUGAGUAAAGGCAAAAAAAAGGAGGCAGUAAAAAUUAUAUUCAAAGCUGCUUCUGUCAAUAAAAGAAAACUUUCUCCAGAGACAAUCAAGCAGCUUAACGAAGAAUCAAUUGCAGAUCAAGAUACCACGAAAACUACAAAUGAUACUAUCAAAGCUGCAAUUGAACCUGAAGAAAAGCAACCGUCAUUAGUGCUACAAGUGUUAAAAUCUAGAGUGAUUAUGACGAGGCUUCUUAUAUGUGCGUUCUGGUGGAUCUCAGUAACAUUUAUCUACUACGGGAUCUCUAUUAACUCUGUCUCAUUAGCCGGAAACAGUUACGUGAACUAUAUUCUGACGUCUCUGGUGGAGAUUCCGGGGUACAUUCUGAGUAUUUUAUCACUAGACCGUUUCGGAAGAAAGGGUUCAAUCAUGACAGCAUUUUUCAUUUGCGGAGUCUCUCUCGUGGGUUUACCCUUUGUUCCUGAAGAUUUGCUAUGGCUACAAACAUGUCUCAACUUGCUCGGCAAGCUGUGCAUCAGCAUGGUGUUCAGCAGUAUCUACAUUUACACAUCAGAGCUGUACCCCACCACACUGAGACAGAGCCUCUUGUCCGUGUGCUCCAUGACUGGGAGAGUUGGACAAGUCAUCGCCCCGCAGACUCCACUGCUGAUGGAGUAUAUGGAAGCUCUCCCAUACCUGGUGUUUGGUGUGAUGGCCGGCACCUCAGCACUGCUGAUGCUGCUCACACCCGAAACACUGAACCUGUCGCUACCGGACAAUGUGAAACAAGCUGAGAACAUCGCAACUAAACCUCGGGCAGAGCGAACUACCAACGUUGCUAUAAAUUAAGAAUGGCUGUGAACUUAGUCAAAUUAUUAUAGUCAACAGAUUUUUUUUUACAAAUGUGUUAUUUACUUGAUAUUUCAGAAAUUAUUUAAUGUCAUAAGAAAUGACAUUUUAUUAUUCAUUUUAUGUUAUUUAUUUAAUUUGUUAUUUUUAUGAUUGACGCGGUUAACAAGUUUUACUUACAUUAUACCAAAUUUUUGUCGUUAUAAACCCAAAUGUCUGUAA